AUGAUGCAUACUAUAGAUUAUGCCAAACAACUAGUUGACUUAUCUACUGCAAGUGCAAAUAACUAUAUAGCAAACAAAUCACAUAUUGAAGGAAGAGGAGGUUCGAAUAUCAGACCAGUAUCUGCUUAUCUUGGAACUUAGCAACACGCUUAAUCUUAGCAAGCCAUUAACUAAGCAGCAGCAAGCUAGAAAAUGCUAAGGCCUUAAACAGCUUUUACUUAAUAAAGCAGUUAGUCCACAAUUAUUUCAGCUCGAACUGGACCUCCAUAAUCUCAUCUACAUGAUAGAGGUCAUUCCCUAAAUACCAUAAGUUAUUCAGAUAAUAAAUCAUCCGCAUUCGGUAUUGAAGGAUAUAAAAUGCCCUAUCAUGGGCUACCACCACGAGAACCAAAAUAUUCAGUUCCAAGAGACAAGUUACAAAACUUUUUGUAAUAAACUCAAAGAAGAGGCAAACUAUUACCUGCUCCCAAUUAAUAUCACAAGCCAUUAACAUGGGAAACCAAAAAUGGAUAAUUUGGUAAAAACUCGAUUAGAAAGACUUUCACUGAUGAUGCAAUAAAACAUUCUAAAUAAGUUCCAGCACCGAAUGUCUACAAUAAUGAAAAAAAACAAAAAGUUCUUCUUGGCAAAUCGAAUCGUGCUGAAGGUUUCGAUUUCAUGAGUGAAGUUUAAUACUUGGGUCAAAUAAAUCCAAGUGCCACUUCAUACAAUCCUGAUAAACUAAAAUUAAUGAAGAGAUCAUCAAGCUGGGCAAUAAAAAAGCCAAUAAAAGAAAAAGACCCAGGAUGGAGGCCAAAAAAGACAAAGGAUCCAGAUGUUGGAACAUAUGAGACUGCAAAAUCAAAAACUUUCAUUAAAACGAAGCAUCCAGUGAUAAGCUUUACGAAGUCAAAAUCUAUAAAGUUCACUGUAGAGUAUUCAAAUUCUAAGAAACAUAUUCCUGGAUCUGCUGCCUAUAAAUGGGAACCUUGCUUUGAUAAAAUUUCAGUCCCUUAUAUGAAAAAAAGAUAUUGA